AUGGCCGUCUGCAACAACCUCCUCCACCUCCAUUUCUCCAUCUCUUUCCUCGGCCUCUUCCUGUCUGUCCUCCUCCCCGAUGCCGCCGCUUCUACCGCCGCUUCUACCGCCGCUUCUGCCGCCGGAAUCCGCCUAGGGAUCAUCCGCAAGCCUUCCUCCGACGUUCCUGUCUUCCGCGAAGCCCCUGCGUUUCGCAAUGGCGAUUCCUGCAAUAGAGAUGAGAAGAUUCACGUCGCUAUGACAUUGGAUGCGAAUUACCUCAGAGGAACAAUGGCGGCCGUUUUGUCGAUUCUUCAACACUCAACUUGCCCCGAGAAUGUUGAAUUUCACUUCCUGUGGGCGAGAUACGAGCCGGAGGUGUUCUCGUGCAUCAAAUCGACAUUUCCUUACCUGAAAUUUAAGGUUUAUCGAUUCGACGCCGGUAGGGUUCGGGGAAAAAUUUCGAAAUCGAUUCGUCAGGCUUUGGAUCAGCCAUUGAACUACGCUAGGAUUUACCUGGCGGAGAUUCUUCCGGAGGAGGUGCAGAGAGUGAUCUAUUUGGACUCCGAUUUGGUCGUUGUUGACGAUGUUGCAGAGCUUUGGGGGGUGGAUUUGGGCGGGAAGGCAUUAGGAGCACCGGAAUAUUGCCAUGCAAACUUCACAAAGUACUUUACAGACCAAUUCUGGUCGGACCCAAAGCUAGCAAGCACAUUCGAGGGACGAAACCCGUGCUACUUCAACACAGGUGUAAUGGUAGUGGACGUAGAGAAGUGGAGGGACGGGGAGUUCACGCAAAAGAUGGAAGAGUGGAUGUCAGUGCAGAAGCAACGGCGGAUAUACCACCUAGGCUCUCUGCCGCCGUUCCUCCUCGUGCUUGCAGGCAACAUCCACGCCGUGGACCACCGGUGGAACCAGCACGGGCUAGGAGGCGAUAACCUAGAAGGCAAAUGCCGGAGCCUCCACCCUGGUCCGAUCAGUCUCCUCCAUUGGAGCGGCAAAGGAAAGCCUUGGCUAAGACUAGAUUCUAGGAAGCCCUGCACCGUGGAUCACCUGUGGGCUCCCUAUGAUCUCUACCAAUCGUCGGAUCCGAGUUCUCCAAGCCCUGUCGCCGAUUCCUACGCGGCUGCCGGGGCGUGGAGCUUCGGUGGUUUGCUCAAGACUUUGAGUGCCAAAUCGGAAUCGGUUGUCGAAACCUACCGGCGGGAUCUCCAGGAAUUUGGUUCCGGUUUGAAGAAGGAAAUUGAGGUCGCUCAGGGAUCGCUGGAGACGGUAGGGCACGUCUUCGACGAAUUCGGUAGUUCCGUGUUGAAAGGUACGGCUCAGAUUAUCGCACAAGGUAAGGAUGCGAUUCUCGCCAUAGAUCAUGAAUCUGAUUCUGAUAAUAGUAGUAACCAAAAUUUGAGUAAUCAAAGAAACUCGGUUUCCAAGCCCUACAGUAGGUUUGAUGCUCAGGUUCGUUCGAUUCAAGGCGACACAGCCACUUACUGUGAUGAACCUGAAGAUGUGGAUGAUUAUGAGAAGUGGAAAUCACAAUUUGUGCUGAGUGAUAGAAGUGAGGAAAUUGAAAACUUGCUUGAAGAAAAUGGAGCAUUGGAUAAUAUACACAAAAAAGUUGUUCCUAGUGUUGUUGAUGAUGAAACAUUCUGGUAUAGGUAUUUUUAUAAAGUGCACAAGCUUAAGCAAGCUGAGAAAGUGAGGGUAAAUCUUGUGAAGAGAGCUAUUGCUGAUGAAGAAGAGGAGGAUUUGAGUUGGGAUGUUGAUGAUGACGACGACGAUGAACAAGGGUACGAUGUCAAGUCGAAAGGGGAUGUCGGUGAGACGGUGAAAGAGGAGAACACCGCCAAUUCGACAUUGGCAAAGAAGGAAGUUCCUGUCAAGGAAUUGAAGGCAGGAAGUUCUGUUGGUGACGAUAAGGAGGAGGAGAAUUCGAACAAGAAUGGUGGAAAUGUCGAGGAAUUAGACGGUGAGAAAGGGUCUGAUCAAAAAGUCCAUUUGGAUGGUGGCUCUGAGCUGAAUAGCAAAGAUCAAGGAUUGAAAUCAGACGAGAAGGUGGCGGUGGACGCCAGGUCUGAUCAUGGUGAAUCCUCGAAACAAAGUGAUGUUUCAAUUGUUUCGACACAGCCUUCAAUGCCUGAGGACGAAGAUCUCGGGUGGGAUGAGAUCGAGGAUCUGAGUGUUCUUGAGGAAAAGAAAACAGAAACUCAGGGCGGGAUAAUCAAUCGAGAGGAAAUGCGAAAGCGGUUGAGUACUGCUGAAGAUGAUGAAGAUUUGGACUGGGGUACCGAUACCGAAUAACAACGAGACUGCUAAAGCUUAAUAGCUCAAACCUAUGGGAGGUUAUGAAUCGAUUUCCUAUGAUCUCUUUCUUUUUUUCUUUCCAAGUUUUAUUCCUUAUCUGUUAAAUGCAAUGUGUGCCGUGAUUGUACAUCUUUAUAAACUGUUCUUGAAGGAAUCAUGUUCAAAUUGUUCUUGAUUUCCUAAUCAUAAAAGCUGAAUUCCUGUCCUUAAA